AUGAGACCGACACAGACUAUGAACGGUGGCGGCGCGCCCAAUUGGAGGGUUGGCCAGUACGUUGAUUCCCAUGGAUCGAGGACGAGCGUCGCGUCGUGCCGCAAUUAUCGCCACGAGACGGCUGCUGCAUCAUCACUGCGAUUCCGAAAUCCCCUUUCUGAUGCCAAAGCUAACUUGUACCGCAGCUUCCUGGGAGACUGGGGAUCAUUUGGCGGCUCCAAGCAAAAGGGCAUCGUCCAGUACGGCGUUUCUGCGAACCGACAGAACCCUUUCGCCGGCGCUGUUCACGACGCUAUCUUCAACACUUUCCGCCGUACCAAGAGCCAGAUCUUCUACUGGCUGCCGCCUAUGCUUGCCGGCUACUACCUCAUGGACUGGGCCACUGAACGAAACCACUAUCUGUUCUCCAAGGCGGGCCGUGCCGAGUUUGGCGAUGACGAGUAA